AUGCAGGGUAAAGGUAAUGCACUGAUGUUGUUGCCACCAACGAUAGCUGCUGGUGAAACACUGGACGUUGAAGUUUUGAAUAUCGUUGUUCGGCAAAUGUGGAUGAACGAGGUAUGGCGAGAAAUGAAUAUCAACGGAUACUUUUCUGUGUCAGGAGCUGAACAGUGUGAGUUCUUAUUUUUAAAAUUGUCAACAAAAUGUUUCUUGCAGUCGUGGAAGGACAGAAGACUGAAGUGGGAUCUUGGCGAGUGGAAAACUGAUGUGCUCAAUGUCAAGUCCUACGGCCGUCUUUGGGUUCCCGACAUCAACUCUGACAAGCAUCAGACUUCCGCUCAAGCUGGAGAAUAUACACAGUAUCAGAAUAUAUUGGUUAAGAAUAAUGGUAACGUUACUGCACGAUUGGAAUAUAAGAUUCAAGCACACUGUGAAAUUGACUAUACAAACUUCCCAGAUGAUCACAAAUACUGUUGCUUUAACAUGAAAUCUACGCUGUAUCCACAUUAUAUCAAAUUUUUCCUUGUUCGCGGUGAAGAUGGUGUUGACGUAAGCCACGUUAGAACAAACUGGCAUAUCGAGUCGGCAACUGUCAAGCAAACUCAGAACGAAGAUGACAGAAAGGCUCAAGUAUUAAAUAUGUGUUUGACUGUUCGAAGACGGUCUACCACUUUAAGGAUCGAGUUGACCAUUCCGAUGAUGGUUUCCUCAUUAUUUGUUGUUAUUGCUCCGUUCUUCGGAACAUUUAAAGAUCAGCUAAACAUUAAACUGUUCGCAAUUCUUAUUCAAUUGCUCAGCUUUACCAAUUUGGCCAGUAAGACCCCACAGGUCGGAUUUGGUGACACAGUACCAAACAUAUAUGUUUUCUAUGUUUUCACACUUGCAACUUCAGUAAUUAGUCUGUUAUUAACGCUUGUUAUCAGUGCAAUGUCUCGAAUUCAGAGGAAAUUACCACCAGCACACCGUUAUACACUGUUGGCUUCUGUGCUGAACACAAAUCUGUGCUGUGGUAGCGAACCCGGAGCAAUUACAGAUGGUACAUCAGGCAAAGAUAAUCAGAACGAUUGGCUCCAGAUUCAUGUUGCCAUUAAUAAUAUUGCUUCAUUUUUUAUUCUUCUUGCUUACAGCAUCGGUAUUACGGUUAUCCUGUGUAGCUAA